CACAGAGCUCGUGUCAGAGCGGAGCUCCACCCUCUGCAGUGGGCGGAGCAACGCUGUUUGGGACAGUUUCACGGAAAACAUGGCGGAGGCAGCGGCGGUCCCUCCGCAUCGCUUCUUCUGUCACUGUUGUAAGGGUGAAGUAAGCCCCAAAUUACCGGAGUAUAUAUGUCCCAGAUGUGACUCUGGCUUUAUCGAGGAGGUUACAGAAGAUUCAAGUCUUCUGGACAGUAGUUCAAAUAACUUUGAUGACACGGCUUCACAGUUUGCCGAGCUAUGGCAGCUGUUGUUUGUGGAGAGGCCGUUCACUCUGGAACUUGACAGUCCUGAAUCCGAGCGAAUCCCAGGAGGUGGAAGUGGCUCUGGGAUUCUUGGAGCUGGGCCAUUCGGCGGUUCUGUCCCAGGUGGGCUUGGUGGGCACUUGGCUGGCCCUCUAGGUGGAGGGGAGCACUGGGGUCCUGGUCGUCCGUCACGUCUUCACAGUCAGAGGAGAUACCGAUCCAGAGGAAGCAGUCGGCCGGAUCGCUCUCCUGCCGUUGAGGGAAUAGUACAACAAUUUCUCGCAGGUCUUUUUGCCAAUUCAGGAGUACCAGGUUCUCCUCCACUGUCAUGGACAGGCAUGUUGCACUCAAACCCAGGGGACUACGCCUGGGGACAGGGGGGUCUGGAUGCAGUUAUCACACAGUUAUUGGGUCAGUUUGAGAACACAGGUCCCCCUCCUGCAGAGAAAGAGAAAAUUUCCUCCCUCCCCACCAUUAUCAUCACUCAGGAACAGGCUGCAGACUGCAAUAUGGAGUGCCCUGUAUGUAAAGAAGACUACACAGUUGGUGAGCCGGUCAGGCAGCUGCCCUGUAACCACAUCUUCCACAGCGACUGCAUCGUGCCCUGGCUUGAAAUGCACGACACGUGUCCUGUGUGCAGGAAGAGCCUGAACGGAGAUGACAGCAGCACUCAGUCAUCAUCAUCAGAGUCUUCCUCCCUAAACACUGAUCCUCGCACACCGGAGAGAUGGUCCUUCUGAGACGCACACAUUUAUACAUGUCCACUGUCUCACCCUUUGACUAUGUUUGUUUAUCCUCUUUGUCCCACCAUACUGAUGUAUUUUAUGGUUUGUUUACUACUUUUGUCUAACGCAGCCCUGAUCAGUUUCAUCGAAUGUAUCCACCAUAUUUCUGGGUCUGUUUAUGUUUUUUUCACAACAUUUACCCUAUUCUGUUUGCACCCUGAAUUAACAAACAAUGCAGGAUGAGGGUAGGGUCAGACAUAUAUUGUUGCUAUAGCAGCACGACUCCCAACUUAUAUUUAGAUUGUACAGUGUUACGCGUCAUAUAGUGACCAACUGUACACCCUGGGUAGCACCUCUUAUCUUUCAAUGUGAAUUUUUGUCGGAACGGGGUGCUGUGUCUUUGAAAGUCGCUUUACUCCCCGGCCUCUCGUUGUUAUCAGAACUUUUCAUUAUUUACUCUGAAGUCAUGAAUUUUUUUAUCUCUUCCCUACAUCUCUGGUGUGUAUAUAUAUCACAAACCCAUUGGCGUCAUUCAGUUGUUUAAUUGCUGUAGCUCAAUUUCUUUUCACUUUCAUUUCUAUUGCAGUUUUUCUAAUGUAAAUAAUUUUAGUUGGAAAACUCAUUUAAGGAACACAGAAAAAAAACUGAAAAUGAAAAUGAUGUUGAAUCGCUAAAUAUUAAAGUAUAUAUAAAUAUAUAUUAUAUGAUGUGUACGACCAUGAUGUAUUAAUAAUAAAAUGCAAUAAAAACAGGAAAUAUGUGGA